AUGAACGUCCUAGAUAGACGAAAAGUUUUCUGGAAAUAUAAAAAACACAAGGGGAAGCAAGAAAAAAAGCUUUCUAGUGAGUAUAAGAUGGUUCCGAGCGUCCUAAAACUACACAAUCUUUCCGGGGUGGGCAUCCUGAAUGAGCAGAAACUUGUUCUGAAUCACAUCCGUAAGAAGCUUAGUUUUCGGGGAGUUGGAAGUGUUUCAACAGAAAUGCAUUUUAUUUUAGCAGGUGCAAUCGGAUUGCAGCACUCUGUCAUUGCAGUGAUGGCAACAUUUCAAGGCAAACGAGUUUUGGUUACAGGAGGUAAUCGAGGAAUUGGAAAAGGUGUUGUUAUUGCACUUGCCAAACUUGAUGCUAAGGUUGUUGCUCUUGGAAGAAACAAAACUGAUCUCGAUGAGCUGGCUAAAAAGUUCCCAAACGUCUCGCCUGUCAUUUGCGACGUUACAGAUGACAGAAGAAAAAUAGAGGCAGCUUUAGAACCCUACCAGCCUUUUGACUGUUUGGUCAACAACGCUGGAGUUGCAAUUUUGGAAACCUUUUUGGAAUUUACGGACGACGCUCUCAAUAAGUAUGCAUUCUUAACCUUGCUGUAA